AUGGCAGCCACCAUGGCCCUCUCCUCACCUUCUCUCGCCGGGAAGGCGGUCAAGCUCGCCCCCGCCGCCUCCGAGGUCCUCGGUGAGGGGAGGAUCUCCAUGAGGAAGACCGCUGCCAAGCCCAAGCCCGUCUCCUCCGGCAGCCCCUGGUACGGCCCCGACCGCGUCAAGUACCUGGGCCCCUUCUCCGGCGAGGCCCCCUCCUACCUCACCGGCGAGUUCCCCGGCGAUUACGGCUGGGACACCGCCGGCCUCUCCGCCGACCCCGAGACCUUCGCCAAGAACCGGGAGCUGGAGGUCAUCCACUCCCGCUGGGCCAUGCUCGGCGCCCUGGGCUGCGUCUUCCCGGAGCUGCUCGCCCGCAACGGCGUCAAGUUCGGCGAGGCCGUGUGGUUCAAGGCCGGGUCCCAGAUCUUCAGCGAGGGCGGACUGGACUACCUGGGCAACCCCGGCCUGGUGCACGCCCAGAGCAUCCUGGCCAUCUGGGCCACCCAGGUCAUCCUCAUGGGCGCCGUCGAGGGCUACCGCGUCGCCGGCGGGCCACUUGGCGAGGUCACCGACCCGCUGUACCCCGGCGGCAGCUUCGACCCGCUGGGUCUGGCUGACGAUCCCGAGGCCUUCGCGGAGCUGAAGGUGAAGGAGCUGAAGAACGGGAGACUGGCCAUGUUCUCCAUGUUCGGUUUCUUCGUUCAGGCUAUCGUCACCGGGAAGGGCCCGCUGGAGAACCUGGCGGACCACCUCGCCGAUCCCGUCAACAACAACGCCUGGGCCUACGCCACCAACUUCGUCCCCGGUAAGUGA